ACCUAAAAUUGUACCUAAUACUCCAAAAUUAUAUGCUGAUUUAAUGAAAAGAUGCUGGAACAAUAAGAAAGAGGAAAGACCAAGCGCAUUUGAGUUAUAUACGACAAUUGGAACAUGGUUAAUCAAUAUGCCACAACCGCAAGUAUUACACCCAGAUAAUGUUCCAUAUAGUACUUAUCAUCAAA